ACCGCCCAGAGUGAACUUUAAUUAGAAUAAAAAUAAUGUGAAAUAAUUACGUAUAAAAACUGCGAUCAAGAUAGAAAGACCUUACUACAUAUAUAUAUAUAGCUAUGCUCUCCCAAGUAUUUAUUCUCUCACCCAGAGGAGAUACUAUUGUUUUCAGAGACUACAGGGCUGAUAUCCCUAAGGGCUCUGCUGAUAUAUUCUACAAACAGGUCAAGUCAUGGAAGGAAACGAAAGGCACACAACCACCACCCACAAUCCAAAGUGAAGAUGGUGUGCAUUUUCUCUACGUGAAAAGGAAUGGUCUUUACUUUGUCUGUGCCACAAAAUUCAAUGUCUCACCAUCCUAUGUGCUGGAAUUUCUGUCAAGGGUAGCUGGACUGUGCAAAGACUACUGUGGUGUGCUUAAUGAAGAGGCAAUUCGCUUGAACUUUGUUCUUAUCUAUGAGCUACUAGAUGAAGUUAUGGACUUUGGGUAUCCUCAAGGAACGUCAACUGAGAUUCUGAAAUCAUACAUUUGUAAUAGCCCAUGUCCUGUUUCAUACGACUCAAAGAGUGGAGUUCAAAGAUCACAGGGUACCAGCACCCUACCCAGUCAUGCGGCCAACAAGCCAAUUGCUACUUCCCUGGAGACACUUCGUAACCAGAAGAAUGAGAUUUUUAUCGACCUACUCGAGAGACUUACAAUCCUUGUGGCAGCUAAUGGCAACGUACUUCGAUCACACAUUGAUGGGUGCAUUCAGAUGAAGAGUUUUCUGACUGGGGAUGCUGAGAUCAGACUGGGACUCAAUGAGGACCUCACUAUUGGACGAGAGGAGCGAAGACAUGGACUAGGUGGAGUGGUCCUCGAUGACUGUAAUUUCCAUGAGAGUGCAGAGAUGGAGAGUUUUGAAAAGGACCGCUCUCUGAGCAUCAUAGCACCUGAUGGGGAGUUCACUCUGAUGAACUACCGAGUGACAGGAGAGUUUCUUAACAGCAUUCCAUUCAGAGUGUACACCACCAUUGAGGAGGGUGACUUGGCCAAGAGCUUAAGACUCUGUGUCAGACUAAAGUCUGACGUUACUCAAAAAACCUCAGCCACUAAUGUGACUGUGCGUAUACCAGUCCCUAAAGCGACUACAAGCUCCUCCCAUGAGCCUCUGGGUCCUGGCCAGACCACCGACCUCAAACUAACUGACAAGACAUUUGUCUGGAAGCUCAAAAAACUAGAGGGUGGGAUUGAGCAUAUUUUAAUUUUGAAGCUGUUUCUAUCUGAAAUUGGCCGCACCACAAAGAAAGAAAUCAAUGCCAUCAGUCUGGACUUUGAGAUCCCCAUGUACAUCUGUUCCGGUCUCACCAUCAGGUUUCUAAGAGUGAUGGAGAAGGGCAAGUCCUCUUCCUACAUGCCUUAUCGAUGGGUGCGCUACAUUACGCACAGCGACUCUUAUGUUUUUAGAGUAUAAUUCUAAUAGCCCGAUUUUUUAUUUUGUAGCCAAGGGCUUUUUGAUUCAAUCACUGUGUAGAACUCUAGCAUUAAUAAUUAUGUACAUUGCACUGGUACAUUUUGUACGAUUAGUAUAAUAAUUGCGAUUGUUUAAAGAACAUUUAUUCAAGUGAA